GAAUUCUGGAAUUCUGGAGGCAUAAAGCAUCCAGGACUCUGAGCUUCAGGGACAAGGAUGGCUAGUCUCUUUGCCUUACUGGGAUUUGAAUCAUGCUGAGAUAUAUUUUUGCUCUUUGGAAUAGUGACUACUCUUAUUACACCUUUGGGUCCUUGGUCCUUAUCAUAAUCGCCCGGCAGUUCUGUAAUGGGUUUAGGAAAAUGGCUAAUGAGAGCUGCUGCAGGCGCCAAAGAAAAGUCAAGAGGAGUUUCACAGAACAAAGAGUUUGGAGAUCUUCCCGGGAAGAACCCAAGACCCCCAUGGAACUGUUUUCCAGCCUAAAAAGGCAAACCUGGGUUCCCAAAGAAGGCAAUAUUCGGAAGCUGCUGUGUGAGGACCCUGCCUGCUCCAUCUGUAAUUCUGUGGCCUUGGAAGCAAAGUUACUGCUCUCUGGUGAGAAAGACUUUCACUCCCCUCCACUGCUAAACACAUCACCAGGGUCUUCUUGCUUAGAGUCUAUGAGCCUGUCUACUUUUUCUCUUGACCAAAGUUUGGACCGAAGCUCUUCUGUGGAAUCCCUGUUGUCCCCACUCCUGAUCCAAACUCCUUUAACUCAGAGAGGCUCCCUGUCUCCCCCCGGGGUCCCAGACUACUGUACUGAAAAGCUACAGAAGAAGUGCUAUGUAACCAAUAUGUCGAGAACUCCUUCAGAGGCCUCUUUGUCCAGUCCAGAGAAACCCAAGAACCCUGCAACAAAGCAAGAUGCCAGCAACAACAGGGACCAGUCUGUCACGUGGAGUAACAAGAGUGAGGCUUUUAAAUCAAAACACAUCUUGCUAAAUACUGAGUUCCUUCAGUUGACCAGACACCCUUCAACCAUACAACGCCCCACAGUUGUGCCUAACAGCCUUUCUUUCCUUAGCCCUGAAGUUCGGAAGCUUCUAGAGACGCACAUUAAAAAGAGAGUGCAUUUCCAGAGAUGGGGUCUCCCCAAAAGAGUAGAAGAGUCACUCAAACAACUCAAGCCAGACAUCCGUCGACAUUACUACCCUGGGAAUCGAACAGUCCCUUUCAUCCCAGAGGAGGUUUCUGAGGUAUCUGCAGCAAAGAUGAAGACUGAAGCCACUCAUCCCUUGGCACCACGGGGGGCAGAUCAGCCUGGUCAGCCCUUCUUGGGCUCUGAGACGAUCCCUCCUGAUUUAGGAAAAGCACAGCUGAAGAGAACUUUUAAAGAGUCCCCAAACCCCAUUAGCAGGGAGCUGCCUUCUCCUUCCAUCCCAGUCCUAAGCAACUCCUGUCCCCUGAAUGGGGGGACUACUGAAGCCAAGAAGAGCUGCCUGCAACAGAAAUAUAACCAGCUCUUCUGGGGUCUCCCCUCUCUCCACAGUGAAUCCCUGGUAGCCACAUUUCUUAGGCACAACUCCCUCUCCCCAUCGAGGAGCAUCUCCCCUUAUGAUAGUACUUUCCUCUUCAAUGAACUGUCCCUCCUUCCCUUGCUGCCAACUUCUUCCUCUCCUUCUCCACCUGCUCUGAUUGGAAACAGUAUCCAAGACCCUGAAAAGGCCCGAAUCGAUGUCCCAUUUCUCACUGUAGCUGAGUGUGAAACCUUGGAGUGGCAUCUAAUACAGAGACAGCUCCAGAUGCUGUGGGGUCUGUCCCCCCUAAUCCAGAUGGAUCAGCAGUCCCAGAGCCCGCUGGAUCAUGAACUCUGUGAGGCAGAUGAGGUCCUUGUACCCCCUUGGCCCAAAAUGAAUGUCUCUGUCCUCACAAGGGAGCUUUUGUUCUUCCCGGACCAUGCCAAGAGGCUCCUUGAACUCCAUUUUCAGAGGCGGCUCCUUCAACACCCGCUGAACCCUCCUCAGUCAAUCCAGGAGUCUGUGCCCCUGCUUCUGUCUCCAACUAACCAGCUACAAGUCCCUGAGAACACAUCAACUGAAGUGCACAUGAGACUUCACUCAACUGAAAAUCCCCAACUGAGGAUGGCCCAAGCACCUACUCUCAUCAUGACCCCUGCCCGUUUCAUUGAGCCUGAAACCUAUGCCAAAACCAGGGCAAUCGUGCAAAUGAACAUAGAGAAAAAAUGUCUACAGAUUGAACAAGGGAUCUUUCCAGAUAUCAUAUGUGGGUCAUGGGACAUCGGGAACCAAUUGUCAGCAGGAGAUUCUCCUACCCAGAGAACUUUGGAAGCUGCCCACUCCAAUAUGGAGUCAGAAGGCCUCGCUUUCCAAGAUCCAAAUGCAACAGCAUGGAUGGAGCUGAGCGUGGACCAACAGACACUAACACCACUGGAUAAAACCAUUAGGCAGCCAGACCAGGCUGUGACCCUCCCACAGAGCAUGAUUGAGAAACUGGAAAUGAUUUUGAGACACAAAUACUUGGCUUUCUUAUCGGGAUUACCAGCUCUUUAUUACGUAGCUCUGUAUAGGGCAAUAUCCCCUUUAGCUAUUUCCCAAACUGAUAUACCUGGUGUGGUGGGGCAAGGGAUCGUAAAGGAACAAGUUGAUGCCAUGAGCUACAGGAUUUGGGCUGAAGAACAAUCCCUUCUCUCCAAAGCAGAGGUUAAUGAUUCCACCAUGAAUUCCAGGGACACUGAAAAUGAAUUAUGGGUUCCACAACAGAUAAAAGUCUCAGAGGCAUUACCAGAAAGAGGAGAUAAUCAGAAGAGUCCAGAGGGAAUAGAUGAGCAAAAAGGGUUUGGCUACCCACAGUGUCCCUAUUCCCCAAGCAAGUCUGUCAUCUUGAACAAGAUGGAUUCCCACCUAAGGAAGAAGGUGUUAGAAGUAAAUAUGGGGAUUCCCCAGAAAGCUAUACAUUCUAGGGAACUCUCUGAAGCUCUGGAAUCUCCUUUACCUGAGCCUGCCUUAGGACAUGUUCCCAUAGUCAGGACUCCCACAGUGAGUCCAGAAAGUCCCAAAGAAUUACAAAGAACUCUCAGCAGCCCAGGGAGCCCGGAGUUCCCAGAAAUGUGCUCAUCACCAGCAACUCUAAAUGUUGAGGUUCCAAGCUGGACAUAUUUUAAGGAGCAGCUCUCCAAUAAGCUCAGUUUGAUGAGGCUAUCAGAGAACCAAAUUCAAAGCUGCCCCACAGCCAUUCCCCUGACAUCUCCCCAGAUCCUGGGCCUCCCAGCUUCCAAGGUUACCCAGCCAUGCUCCCAGAGAAAGCCCAGUGGGGACAUGGCUGAUGCUCAAGUGCUCUGUGCACACAUGGAAACAGAACAGAACAGCCCAGGACAAAGAGAGUACUGGAACAUAGAGCCACAGGGUCCCUGGGAUGGCCAGGCCAAGGCCAUCAGCUCAACCCCAAGCAAGAUAGAAGGCUCCAAAGGAGAUCAGGGUGGGGGGGAUGCAGGGUGGGGGACCUCUUCUCUCAAAAGAAAGAGUCAUGCCCUCAAGGCCAGAAAGCCAACAAAGUCUUCUAUGAGCAGGACCCAGAGAUCCCCACAUCCAGGGGACAGAGACCCUUAUCGGACCACCCCCCUCCAGAAGCUUCCCCAGUCUUUUUCCAAAGCUGAGGAUUCAGAGGCACUUUUUGGAGUGCCAGGGAGGAAAGAGGCUGAGAGGGAUUACUAUAAAGUCAGCCAAAGGAAAUUGAAGGACUCAUCUCCUUCAUCAAGGGACCCUGAGCACUUCCAUCCCAGUGGCCCUAAAAAUCCCAUCAAAGUGGCCCAUAGAGCAAAAGGUAUGCAAGUCCCAGAGGGGACAGUUUAUACUCCCCAGCGUCAAACCCCUUCAGAAAAGAGCUUUAUGGAAAAGAUUAAACACUUCCUUCACUGGCUCAGCCUCAGGAAAAAACUUGAGAGUCAGAACUCAUCCCACACCUUCCCCUGGGCUGAGGUGGCACCAUCCAAGAAGGGAAUUACUAAGCAGGUCCCAAUCUCAGCCAAAGGCUCUGCAAGUAAGGAGCAGAAAGCCAAGAAGAACGUGGAAUUCAAGGCACACUCCCACCCAUGCACAAGUAAGAACCUUCUGACCAGCACUGAGGCCCCCCCAACAAGUCAGGUCCACCAUCCCGAUUGCCACGAGGGCCAUCCACACUUCUGGAACCCAGAACUGUGCCGGCGCAUCAGUGGCUGUUCAGAUAUAUCCAUUCAGCAGGAAAAUGACCUUUCUUCAUGCCUGGCUUCCAAGGAAAACUUUUGCUCCCUCAGAAAAAAAGCCCAGACCCAACAGAGAGAAUGAGUUCAUUCUCAUGAAUGCAUACCCUCUGAUGAGGACAAUAUUCUUUUCCAUUAAUGAGGGGCCACUGUCCUUCCCAAAUACAUUGUAUUCCUCU